AUGAGCUCGCUUUCCUUUGUUUCUCUCCUGACUGGAUUUCUCACGGCGAUGGCUGUGAUCACUGACAUUACCGACGACGUCUCUAACGGCGGCGAUCCACCGAAAGAAGACGAAGAGAAACCGAAACAAGUCAUUUCCGACGGCGGCGAUCCACCCAAGAAACCUCAAGAGAGUCGCUCGUUUGUUCUCACAAUUCCAAACGCCGUCAUCGACACUGGCAUCGGUAUCUUUCGUCUCCCGAUACUUUGGCGAUCUCAUCGCUUCUCUGAAACCCUACGAGUUACGUUCGCACCGCAAUAUCACCGAACCUGUUCUUUACGCGUUCAUAGGAUUCCGUCUUGUUGA